GUCAGCGAUACGAGCACCUGUGGGUUCAAAACACAUGAAAAAUAAUGCCUCGAAAGCGAAGCGGCUCAAUCACGACCAUAAGAGUCGAGGAAUUUCUCAGUCACGGGAAACCAGAGGUUGGGUACGGCAACGGCAAUGCGGUACAUGCCACGGAGGUGACCCAGUCGCAGUCGGAAAUUUAUCAACUCUUCAAACCAUUCCUUGCCUUAAUGUCGGUUUUGGGACUGUACCACGAGCGUCGAAGUGGUGCCAAAGUUCACGAUGCUUUUUUGUCUGAUAAAAAGAACAGCACGGCAAAAUUGAACUGGUGGAAAGUGUACGGGGUGGUGGCAGUUGUGGUUCUGUGGCUGAAUGCUGUGCGUGGAUUCACUGCAUUUGACGGCAGUGAGUCGCUUUCAAGUCCGUUUGUAUUCUUCAAAGUUUUGUACGUGGCGUACUACAUAUACUGUGCCUUACUUUCCACGCUCUGCUUCCACAUGUGCAACCAGGAAGAUGGCUUAGGAACCUUCUGGCAAGAGGUGGCCCAGCUAGAACACGAAAUCCCGACGAUCGUAAAAGCAAACGGUCUGCGUCGCGUGAUCAGCGUAUCCGCCGCUUUCGCCAUCAUCUUCGUUCUCUUCAACUUCGUGUACAUGCUGUCCACGACCGUCAUAGGCGCCCAAUUCCCGUUCUUUUUCACUCCAUUCGACCGCUUUGUGAACAUGACGGUCAUGACCACGGAAAGCGGCCUCGUGCUGGGAUUCACCUGUCUCGUCGGACUCAUCAUGUCCGGGGCCGCUUACGCCUCGGUGGCUCUUUUUGUCUGCGUCUGCUACGUCCACUACUGUUCUUUUCGAGAGUUCAACGCCGAAUUCAAAGAGGCGGUGAAACACUCCAUAAAAUCCGAGAGAUUAAUUGACCUAGAAACGUACCGCCGGAAGCAUCAGAAAAUUUGCCGGCUGAUGGAGAUUUCCGACGAUCUCUUCUCUGCGUUUGUGGCCUUCACGUUAGUAUUCAGUACGGGACUUCUCUGCCUCCUUAUAUAUAUCUUGAUAUAUCACUUUUCCGCCGUGACGAGCAGUGUCAUCAACAUCAUCGCCUUCACCAUCUGGAUAUCCCAGUUUAUAUUGCAGUUGACGCUUAUUUCCAUGGGGGCAUUCGUCAAUCAUCAGGCUCACUCCCCACUCUCAGAGCUUCAUGACAUUCAGCUGGACCCCUUCAAGAUCGAUCAACUAAUUCCAUUUCAGAUGUUCUUGAACAAGCUGAGCGUCAAUCCAAUAGGGUUUAGUGCACUUGGCCUCUUUACUAUAGACAAACCAACCAUUUUGACGAUAAUUGGUAUGGUUUUAACUUACUUCUUCCUCAUGAUUCAAUUUCAACCAUCAAUAGGAUCGUCAUCUGAUUCAACAGGGUUGCCGUCUGCCACGAAUACGUCGUCUGCGGCAAAUGCCACUGUCACGUGAUAUGAGAUGUAAUCACGAAGGAGCACGCGUGAUAAAUGGCCUGUAUAUGUAUUAUUUAAAUAACUGUUACCUGUAUUUGGUGGUAAAACGUCUCCGUAUGUGUUAUUUGUACAAUAUUUGAUUUUCAUUCAUGUUUAUGAGAUUGGAA